AUGGAUGUAACCAUAACAAAUUCAGUACUUGUUCGGCCUGCACGCGAUACUUCCAGUGAGGAGAUCUGGUUGUCAAAUGCUGAUUUGAUUUUAACUAAAUGCUAUGCAUGCACCACAUACAUUUAUAGGUCGAUUGAAGAGCCCGAUAUCUUCACGGAUUCUAAUAUUGAGGACUUGGGAGAUUUUUCUUCAGUUUCAAAGCUGUCAUCAUUAGCAAUCACUGUCGACUGCACCCAGAGCAUUACAUCACUCCCAUUGCUGCUUUAUCAGGUGACUAAGUUCAGAUGUGGAGGUGUUGCCAUAGGAGUCGCAAUCAAUCAUAUAAUAGCAGAUGGCAUGUCUUCCUUACAUUUUGUUAAUACAUGGUGUGACUUGGCUCACGGGUUAGAUGUGAUGGUACAUCCGUAUCUUGAUCGUACUUUGCUUCAAGCGCGAAAUCGUCCUGAAACUUUCUUUCCUCAUUUAGACUGCGCCUACCUUUUCCAACACUCACUCAAACGGUUCAGGCUUACAAAAGAACAAUUAAAUUGCCUAAAAGAAAAGGCUAGGGAGAACUCAAGUAAGGAGGCUUUCACAACAUUCAUAGCAUUGUCAGCCCACAUUUGGAAAUGUGCUUGCAUUUCUGGAAAUCUACUCAAACAACAAGAAACCAAACUAUACAUUCCCAUAAAUGGACGAGAGCGAGUCCAUCCCGUUCUACCUUGUGGGUAUUUUGCGAAUUUCGGUCAGGGGAAACCUUUAUUCAUGGGAGUACAAAAAAAUGCACCAGAAGGGUAUUGUUUUAUUAAGCCCAACUCUGAAGAUGAUGGAAGCCUAAUAAUAGAGAUGACCUUACGAAGUGAUCGUAUGGAUCGAUUCAGAAAAUUACUUUAUCAAUUCUAG